AAGCGAAACACAAAACAGUUGCAAUUAUUUUUUCAAACCUAAAGCUUGUGGAGCUUGAGUACUCAAAUCUUUUAAAAUGAAAAUUAUUCUAGCAAUUUUGUGCUUGGCCCUGGCGGCCCAGGCUGCAGUUGAAAGAGACUCCUAUCAAGUCAUGAAAGAAAUGGCGGCCAAUUUAAAGCCCAUGAUUCAGGCGGUUCUCAAGGAUAUGCCUACCACAGCACCCUAUCGCAAAAUCAAACAAGAUUGGCAAAAUGUCCUUAGCAUCUAUGAUGAGCACAAAGAUGGUGAAAAAUGUAUAGACAAAGUAAAUCGCAUUAUACAGGCCUUUGGAAAUACCAUAAGAAAUUAUCUGAAGCGUAACACCAAUGAAGUGGAAAAGGAAAUGCUGAGGCUGUUCAAUCAACACGGUUUUGAAGUUUUCACCGACAAAUAUGGACAAAUGUUGCAAUCGGCUAAAAAUCCUGAAUAUGAACUCAACGAUAGGUGUUAAAUGAAUAGCAGACAAGUAUUUUGAAUAACAAGUUUUGCUCUAAAUUUAUUCAGAGCGCAGACCGCAGACUUUAUAAUAUAAUGAAAAGGCAAUGAUGAGAAAUUUUAACAAAAAUACAGUCUAAAACUACAAUUUUCAAUAACAA